CAAACACGGGAGCUGCCAUUGGCUGCCGUUCGUCACGUGAUCAUUGUGAAGAUGGCGUCUCCAAAUGGAGGUGAUGAUUUCGAGUCCUCUUUGCUGAGUUUUGAGAAGCUGGACAGAGCGUCGCCGGACUUGUGGCCGGAGCAGUUGCCUGGAGUUGCAGAAUUUGCAGCAUCAUGUAAAAAUCCCAUCACUAAUUCGCCCCCCAAGUGGAUGGCUGAACUGGAGAGUGAAGACAUUGAAAUGCUGAAAGAGCUGGGCAGCCUCACUACAGCCAACCUGAUGGAAAAAGUCAAAGGACUUCAAAAUCUGGCCUACCAGCUGGGCUUGGAGGAGUCGAGGGAGAUGACCAGAGGGAAGUUCCUGAACAUCUUGGAGAGGCCUAAGAAGUGACGAGUCUUUGUUUCAAGCGACAGGAAAUUUGGGACUUUAAGGUGAUUCUGAUUAAUGAGCUAUGAACACGCUCAGAGCUUCCCAACAAAGUUCACAGACUGUGCAUUCGAUCCAUGAACUGGAGUGAAGUGCUCUCACGCUGCUGGGAUCUUCAGUUCAUACUCCCCAGUGCACCUGUCGUCCUCCAGAUAUGUAAAAGGGUUACUUUUCUGUCGACCUACCUUGAUAUGUGUUUCCUAUUUAUUCUUACUUCUCUUUUAAACAUGAUUUACAUAUUUUGCAAUUUGUGGAAUUGUUUAAUAAACUUUUAAAAUGAGAA